AUGUUAAGUUUUACAGAUAUAGUAUCAGAUGGCGAUCUGGUUGAUAUUUCAAAUUUGGAUGAAAAUAUAGAAGGUACAAAUUCAUUUGGGGUUAGCUUUUAUGAAGAUUUAGCUGAAGUCUCUAAUGAAGAUAAUGGUAAUAGUGGAGAAUUAAAUAUCUAUGGGGCUAAGGUUGUGGAAGAGAUUUCUUUUACUGACAAAGUAAAGUCUAUUCUUGGAAAUUAUUUGUAUAAGCAUUUUGAUUUUACUGGAAGUAUAUAUGAAGUACAUGAUAUUAAUCUCGGAUUUUGUGGUGAUAAUAUAGGUAAAGGGAAAUUAGAAAUGGUCAAAUUAACAGAUACUAAAAAGGCCUAUGGUUUAUAUUGGAAUGGUCAAUUAUUAGAUUUCCUUACUAAGAUAACUUUGAGUAACAGAGGAAAUCAUGCCUAUUUAUUUCCCAUUGAUUUCAUUACAGAUAUUAAUAUUAAGAUAUUACCAGAUGAAUCAUAUAUAAAUAUAAAGGCUGAAUAUGGUCUGCAGAAAGAAACAGCUUUUGUACACUUUUCUUUUAAUAACUCAGAGCAAGCAAACUAUUUAUACAAAUUACUUAUAAAGUGCAAAAAACAAGAAUAUAAAUAUGUUGAGACAGAAAUAACUAAAGAUAUUAAGAUACAUAAUAAUUGUUCUAAUUUAACUGAGAUCAAUAAUAAUAAAGUAGAAUUAAAUUUGUCAUCAUCAUCAUCAUCAUCAUCUAUAAUAAAAAGCUCAAAUAUAAAAAAUACUAUAAGUAAUGAAUUAGAUUUGGCAUUAAUAAGCCAUAAUAUAGAUUAUUUAUCCAAUUUUGAAAAAAUUAGAUCAAGAAGUUAUUCAACCAAUAUUUUAAGUGAAUCUGGGAAGUCAAGAUCUCAAGGAAUGGAGCUAUUAACAUCACCUAUUUCUAUACCGUUUUUAAGAGAAACAGAAACACUUAAGAAAAAGAGAUAUACAAUAAUUAAACAAGAUCAAGAUAACUUUCAAUCUGGAUUAAGUUCUAAUGACAGGAAUAAAGUAGAACAAGCAAUCUAUUCAAUCAUUGCUGAUAAUAAUAAUCCUCUAAAUACUUACUCGAAGUGUUUAUAUGCUAAAUCGAUCAUUGAUUCUAUCCUGGCAUCUAGUUAUAUAAAAAAUAUAAAUAAUUCAACUUAUAUUAAUUGUAGUAAUUUAAAAGAGAAUAAUUAUACUGAUAGCAUGACAAGCAAUAUGCCUGGUGAUAUGUCUACGAAAUGUAAAGGUAAACAAUUAUCUUUGGAAAUUGAUUCAAUACCAACAGAUUCGUUUGAAAAUAACUCUCUAAAUUAUAAUAACAAUGAUAUACCCUGUAAUCAAGAUAAAACAUUUACUUGUCCGAUCUGUUGUGAAAUAUAUCCUUUAACUAACAUCAUAUCAUUACAUCCUUGUGGCCAUACACUAUGUCAAUUUUGUGAAAAACAACUGAAUGAUACACUAUGUCCAUGGGAUAGAUGUAAAUAUUCAGUAAAUAUUCUAUGA